AUUUGUAAACCAAUCUAUAAACAGGUCUAUAGUAUUUUGAAAACAUUGCAAAACAGAGGUAAAGUAGCAGAUAUUGUUAUCACCAAGCACGGAUUCCCGAAUAAAUCAGCAAACGGGACCUACAGACUCUACUAGUCAAUGCUAGUGAAUUAAUCGACAAAAUGUCAUACGGACGGGGCGAUUUGACACCGGGUGGAGGAGGUUCCUAUGGAAACAGUGGCGACCAAUACUCGAGUUCGUAUCAGAAUGAGGGACGCUCAUCACAAGCUGACUACACCAGGCUGACACAACUAAUCAGUUCAAACAUACAAAAGGUUCAGCAGAAUGUUCAAGACAUCAGGAGAAUGGUCGAACAACUCGGAUCAUCGAGCGAUACUUCGGAACUUCGAGAUCGAUUGCAUCAACGGCAACAUUACACGAACCAGUUGUCAAAAGACACAGCAAAAUAUAUAAAAGAUGUCAAAGCCCUAGCUCCAGCCUAUCCAGCUUCUGAACAGAGGCAUCGUAGAACGCAAACAGACCGAUUGAUGAGCGAAUUCAGUGACGUAUUGAACCGAUUUCAAGCAGUCCAACGAGAUGCGGCAUCCAAAGAAAAAGAAUCUAUCGCCCGUGCAAGAGCUGCAUCAGCCAGUCAAGACCAUUCUGGAGAUGUCCUUGUCAGUAUUCAAGGGGAGCAGCUACAGGAACAAGCACAGAUAUCUCAGGAAGAAAUAAAGGAGAUUGAAGAACGACAGGCUGCCAUCCAGCAGUUGGAGAGAGAUAUUAUCGAUGUUAAUGAUAUUUUCAAAGAACUUGGGAACCAAAUCGAGUCUCAGGGAUUGAUAAUUGACAGCAUAGAAGCGAACGUAGAAUCAGCGGCUGACAAUGUCCAAGCUGGGAACAAACAACUAGUCCAAGCCAGAAGCUCUGCUGCGAGUGCUCGAAAGAAGAAAAUUAUUUGCGGGAUAAUCGUGAUUGUUCUCAUCAUCGUGCUGAUUUUGAUCAUUUAUUUCUCAACGAAACCAAAUUAAUAUUCACCCCCCACUCUCUUGUAAAAAAUAUUUUAUCUGAUUUGUUUUUUGAUUUUUGAAUCAUAAUUGUUUAACAGCGAAGCAUUAGCCAAAGCUAAUAUUGGAAAUUAGAAAAAUGAUCAGUCUAAGUCCAUUGCUACUAAAUUUGAAUUUGGUUUGAAUAGACAUUUCCUAGACCAGACAGACCCUUUGGGGUCGACGAGUCUGAAAAUUUAAAAUCUGAUGUUAGUAAAUUUUUCCCAUGUUGAUUUGCACAUUUUGUUGACCAGCAGUUUCCAACACUGGGGCAUCAAAGAGCCCAUGAGUAUGAAAAUAUGAAGGCUGAUGUUACUAAAUUUGAAAAUUCAACUUUUGUUAAGAAUGCGUAUAGUGUAGACCUGCUGUUUUAGAGGGGCUGGCAGUAAUAUUUUUGGCGCCAAUGAGAGUUUUAAUUGAAACAAUACCAAGUCUAAAAAUGUAGAUACUAAAUUUGAAUUCCAAAUUAUCGUCCUGUAUUUGAUUUGAAUGCACACUGAUGUAGACUAGUGGUUUUGAAAUUUCUUUUGGUGGGGAGGAGGAAGUAUUUUGGGGUCCAUUACUUUGCAUGCAUGAAAUAAAAAUAAAGCAGUAGAAUAAUGAAAGCGUUUCAACUUGGUAGAGCCGGCUAUUGAGUGGCAAAUAUGAAUAUUUGGAAUCUUGCAUAUUAAAAAUAAAUGGUUUUAUUUGCCCCGAAAAAAAUUAUUCUAUUUGCCAUUCAAUCAAGUUCAAUGUCCAAUUCCAACUGUUUGUUUCAUGCUGGUCUUCUCCAGAAAAAAGUUUUCACAAAUUUCAGGGAAAUCCUGAAAUGGGUCACGACAUCGAAGGGUUAGGCCCACUCACAAAGACUGACUACGCAAUGCACCUGUACAUCUAUGCUAUGCAGGAUAUUUAUAAUCUUAAAGCAAACUUCGGAAGAUCAUUUGUUUGUUAUGCCCAUAUCUCAGCUUUCCUGGAAUAAUAAAAGAUUCUUUUAAUUGGUGACAAGUUUUGUUAAUUUUCCUAUAUUCUCAUAUAACAUUUAACGGAUUGCAGUUUAUUUGUCUUAUGGUUCAGUGAUUUUAGUGUUCCUGUAUAUAGCGAACUUUAUAUUACGUGUGAACACUGUUUAUCUUUGUGUGGAAUUAUAUUGUUGGCUUAUUUUCCCACAAUUGCUGUAAGAAGCCGUCCGUUCCUGAGCUCAUGUGACGCAUGGAUAUUUUUGUGUUGAGACUAGAAAAAUUGAUAAUUUAUAAUAUUUGAACGGAAAAGUUUGAGCAUUUUUCCAUAUUCUAAUCAUACGCCACCUACUGACAUUCCUGUCACAAGAGUGAAUCCAUAUACACUAUUUUCCACAUCAGUAGUGCGUGCAAGGACAGCCCUUUUGUCGUCAUAUGGUACUUCGACCACUCAAACUAAUAUUUUUCCAAAUAAAUUAUUCUUAACAUCAAAAAUUUGAAAUACUGAAUGUAAUCGAUGUUUAAAUGAUUCAACUAUGAGAUUCAUUUGGACAGCUGAUUAACAUCUUGAUAACAGACUUAUCGUGCGUGAAAACCCACAGUUUACCGGGAUUUUGAUGUUAAGUUCUUGUCAUUAGAAAUUCCUCGGCACAAUCAGAGCUUUCAUGGGCGGUUCGGUGUGGCAAGAAAUAUAAUUCAAACUCGUAUUUAACUAUUCCGUAAUAAAGCCUGUUCCUUAUUGUGUAAUAAUGUUUCUAAUUUUUGUAUUGUGAUGUAAUUUGCAAUUAUAAAUACCAUAUGUUGUGUCAUUAAAUAACGAAAGUUA